UUUUACGUAUUUCCGGAGCUCCUGCUGCGACCGAAGCUUGCGUUAGGGGCGUCAGUUAAUGUGGGCUGACAGAGAACCCUACAUUUCUACUGUUUGAUCCUGCCACCCUCUGGCCGGACGCCAUGGGAGUGACUUGUGUGUCUCAGAUGCCUGUGGCUGAGGGCAAGAGUGUCCAGCAAACCGUGGAGCUCCUCACUCGGAAAUUGGAGAUACUUGGGGCAGAGAAGCAAGGAACAUUUUGUGUGGACUGUGAGACUUACCAUACAGCUGCAUCUACCCUUGGCAGCCAAGGUCAGGCCGGGAAGCUGAUGUAUGUGAUGCACAACUCAGAGUACCCACUGAGCUGUUUUGCCCUCUUCGAAAAUGGCCCUUGCCUUAUUGCCGACACCAACUUCGAUGUGCUCAUGGUGAAGCUCAAGGGCUUUUUCCAGAGUGCUAAGGCCAGCAAGAUUGAGACUCGGGGCACCCGUUACCAGUAUUGUGACUUCCUGGUGAAGGUGGGCACGGUCACAAUGGGGCCCAGUGCCCGGGGCAUCUCUGUGGAGGUGGAGUAUGGCCCCUGUGUGGUAGCUAGUGACUGCUGGAGCCUGCUGCUCGAGUUCCUACAGAGUUUUCUAGGCAGCCACACGCCAGGGGCUCCUGCAGUGUUUGGGAACAGACAUGACGCGGUCUACGGCCCAGCAGAUACCAUGGUCCAGUACAUGGAACUCUUCAACAAGAUCCGCAAGCAGCAGCAGGUGCCAGUGGCUGGGAUUCGUUAGUGACUGGCAGCUGCCAACUAAGCUCUGUCACCAGGGAUACUCCACAGGAGGAGCAGGUGCUGUAUUCUUGGGUCCCUGGACCCCAGACACUCAGUGUAGAAGUGGAGACUGCUCUCCCUCUCCAGUUCCCAGCCGUGGGUUUUGUUUUGGGGCUCUGGACUUCCCUCCCCUGACCCUCACACACAGCCCACCAACAGCUGUUUUGCCCCAUGCCUUACUGGAUUUGGCCUGUUCUCAAGAAUGCUAAUUAUGAAGAAUGGAGAAGUUUGGACCUUUCCUGCUUUAGGGGAAAAGGUAGGACAGGGGCGUCCCUGCCUAGUGCUGGUGGGGAAAACAAUCUGUAUCCCCAAAUAUUGAGGGUUUGGCUUAGGCCCACAGUGAACAUGCUGCAUUUGUGUUUGGGCUGUGCUGUAAUGAAAGCCUCUCCCUCCACUGAAAGGGUGUGACUGGGCCUCUAUCCUGGAGAUGGAGUGAAAGACUUGUUUGAUUAUCAUUUUCUGACCUGUUUGUUGAAGCAAUUUGUGAAUUGACUUUCUUGGGUUAUUGCCUGAGUCCUUUGAACUCUUGUUCUGACAUCUUUCCCUUCUGUUGUGAAUGCUGUUAAGUUGUAAGCUAAACUACUGUAACAGAGAACCAAAAGUACAGUGGCUCUUACUAGAUAGAAGCUGAUUUUUCUUUCAUCUAAUAGUACAGAGGUAAUCAGAUGGUCUAGGGCAGAUUUAACUCUACAAGGUCAUUAGAAAUUUGCUUUCCUUCUGUCUUGUUGUUCAGCACCCCGCACUCCCCCGGCCCCUGGCUCCCUGUUGUCCUUACCCACAAGGUCAAAGUAGACUCAUCAGCUCCAUGUCUGCAUUCCAGUGGGGGAGAGGAGGGGGCGGGGAGGGAGAGACUGAGAGA